UUUCGCCUGCAGUCGUUUACAGAUAAGCCCGCGGGAUGGUCGAUUAUUAUUACAUUUCGUACGCGUGAUCCUGUGCUCUACGCGAACCGCCCGAGGCGUUUGUCGAAUCGAUAGCAAUGCACAAAGCCGAGAGCCGGCCAAUAAGUUCCGAAUGUUUACAACCUUCGUCGUUUCUGUGAUAUGGGAGAGAUAUUUUGUGCUUUCUGUGAUAAAUACGUUUGCCUUCGUUUAGAUACAUAGAUUAGCGGCGGCAUGAACUUAUACAUGCAGUGUCAUCGUGAGCUGUGACAAAUAGACUGAUUUUAUACAUUAGACAACACAUGCUCAGAAAUUUUCCAAAAAGAUGACAUUUCGAUGUGUUCCUACAUUUCAAACGAAUGAAAGCAACGCCACCUGGGAGCGUCUCGGUGGCGGCGGGCUAGGUCUGGGCGGCGGCGGAUUCAGAGGCGGCGGGCAGCCAUCGCUGGCUGACUUCCAGCCGCCGUACUUCCCGCCGCCCUUCGCCCCCGCACCGCACCCCGCCAGCCCUCAUCACCAGCAACAGAGUCAUGGCAUGGAGUACGGAGGAGGCGGUGGUGGUGGCGCGGAAUACGCUCAGCACUACGCCCCACAGCAGCUGCUACCACGACACCACGGACACCACGAACCACACGCGCAUCUGCGACAUCACAGGGACCACCACGACGCUAUACAUGCACACCAUCUGUCACACGGAGGCUUCAGUUAUGGAGGCGGCGAAAGGAGGGCGGACUACGGCGCGAGGGAGCAACACGAACUCGCACUGCACCACGCGCUGCAUUCGACAGACGAAACGCCGAACGCCGCGAUGGAUGACACCACUGGUUUCAUGACGGAUCUGCCUUUGUUGAAAACAAUGAAAGGUCGGGACGGCAUUGGCGGAAGCGGCAGCUGCGCUCCUAACGACGUGUUCUGCUCGGUUCCCGGCCGGCUGUCUCUCCUGUCCUCGACCAGCAAGUACAAAGUCACCGUGGCGGAGGUGCAAAGGAGACUAUCGCCACCGGAGUGCUUGAACGCUUCGCUACUCGGAGGGGUGUUAAGGAGAGCGAAAAGCAAAAAUGGCGGGAGAUUACUUCGGGAGAAAUUGGAGAAAAUCGGCCUGAACUUACCGGCGGGGAGACGGAAAGCCGCUAAUGUUACGUUAUUAACCUCUUUAGUUGAAGCCGAAGCGGUACACCUGGCCAGAGACUUCGGUUACGUAUGCGAGACGGAGUUCCCGGCGCGAGCCCUAGCCGAGUACCUCGCGAGACAGUACGCGGAACAUGACGCCAGACGACGCCGAGACCUGCUGCAGGCCACUAAACAGGUAACGAAAGAACUUAUGGAUCUGCUGAACCAGGAUCGGUCCCCGUUGUGCAACACCAGACCCCCACAUUUACUGGAGCCGGCCAUACAGCGACACCUCACACAUUUCUCACUCAUAUCACAUGGGUUCGGAGGGCCGGCUAUAGUGGCCGCGUUAACAGCAAUACAGAACUUUCUCAACGAAUCGCUCAAGCAUCUAGACAAAUUGUAUCCACAAAGCGGUAUGGUCUCGUCUUCGAUGGACAAAACAAAAAUGGAUCCCGACAUCAAGAAGUAACAAAUAAUACGCGACGGCGGCGACGUCCGCUAUCGUCAUGUUACCGGUGAACGAAAACGGUGACGCGGGUCCGUGCAGCACGCAGGAACGAAGCAACGAAAACACGAGUUUCGAUUUUUGAACGUCAAUCGAGAAUGUUCUCGGUGUGCCAUUUUAUAUGAUACAGCCAAAACUAAAUCAACAAUCACUGAGAUUGUGUUCGUAAUAAAAAAAGAAUGACUCAUAAAUAAAACCGAAAUAAUUAUAUUAAAAUUAUCGAAAAUGUUCAUUAAUUUCAUAUAAAGGUUGAUUGCACGAUUAUUUUUUUUCCGUCUCUAUUGAAAGAGUACAAAUAAGAGAAUAUUAUUAAAAAAAAUAGCGUUUUUUACGAAAUACACGCGACGAUCGUGCGAUCCGCAUACAAAUAAAGUGCAAUUAUAAUACUCAUGAUUGUGAGAAAAAUCUGUAAAUAUAAUUAUAGUAAUUAAAAACGUCUAGUAUUAAUUUAAGCAUUUACUAUAGAAUUUUAUUAUGCCCGUUGGUUAAGUGAUUUCUUAGGUGAAAAUCAAGGAACAAACUGUUGUCUCGAUAACUCCGUAGGUGCUUCGGAGAUUAUGAGAAAAAUGGCGAGAAAAAAAUGAAUUUGAAAUAAGAAUAAAGAAAUUACAGAAACGUUUACGUAUCUCUUAAGAGCGUAAAUAAGCAAAGUUUAUGCUUUCCUAAUGGUUAAGAAGAAAAACGGGAUGCAUUUAGUGUUAACAACUAAAAGUAUUACCGUAUUUUCUCCAGGCGAAAUGACAAUAAAGCAAUAAUUUUAUUAAUUAUAAACACCGGCCUAAUUAUAGACGAUCUGGGCAAAAAAUGCAUUGACUUUGAAACUUCACGAUGCAGCUACGGAGUUAAAUAUUUAUUAGGGUAAAACGACCGUAAUAAAAACAUAUCAAACAAAUGUAAAUACAUACAGUAACAAUUUAUAGUUUUUCACAAGUUUUCAAUACAAAAAGAUUUUUAGAUCAGCUUCUAUUUGAUUAAAUUUUCAGUAAAAAAAUUCAGUUUAUUUUGUAUAAAUAAACAGGCGAAGGAGUUUAGUCGCUGACUAUUCUCGUUACACUUUUACUGAUGGAACCUCUUUUAAUUUGUUUUUGUAAUUUAGGCGUUAGUUUGCUAGUGAUUCAAUGUGAAAGUGUGCCAAUUAGUUCGUAAAUAUGAAAAUGUCUCUCUUUCUGAAGGUUUUUUAAUAAUUUAUUUAUUGUGGCUUGUAAAUAACUCGAUCGAAAUGCUACAUCCUUGCCUGUGUUUAUUCUUUUCUAUUAUAAUAUUGUAAAUUAAGGCACGUUUACUCCUAUAUUUUAAUGUUUGUUGGACUUCUAUAUUUUAAUUGUAAUUUUAACAUUCAAGCAACACAAUGCUAUCACAAGAUUUGCAUUAUUAAAAUGUUGACUGAUUAAACUUUGUGACGUGAAAAAUUUUAACUGUAUAACUCACUAUGUAAUCAAUUUGUUGUUCAUCGAACUAAUUUUAAGUUGGUAAAUCGCCUAAAUCCUUUUCCUUCUCCAUUACAUACUCAAUAUUAGAUAGACCCUAUCCUAAAAUCAUUGGAUUGAAAUCAUUUGACAAGUAUUUUUAUUUACAUAUUUUUAUCAUUAUUACAAGAUUGUGGACAAUAAAUGUGAAAAAUGCUGUAUUAGGAUUCAAAAUUGUCAUUUAUUUUAAAUUAAAUACAUAUUUUCGUUUAUAAUAAUUUAAUGAUCAUCUUUUCGAGGAGUAAAUGGU